AUGGAUCGCGAUGGUUCAUUCUUGCUACGUCUAGGCCAGCAGAACGUGUUUGACGUCGACGCUACCGCUGCCGGACCCGGCAAACUUCGUGCUGAAGUUCGGAAUUCCGAGAGUGCACUACUCGGUGAAGGUCCGGCCGUCGACGAUCUCGGCUACGGAAAAUACCGUGUCGCUUUCACUCCAAACAACCCGGACGAUACUCUAUCUACCUCUACUGGAAUGAGCUUCCCGUUGAAAGUGCUUUCCCGGUACGAGCACGAUCAGCUGACGAACGAGCUACAACUUCUCGAGAAACAGUUGCACCCAUCACCAGCAGCAGUCAUGUGA